AUAUUCUCUCUCGUCCAACAACAAAACAUCACCAAAGCCUCUCAAUUAUUAAAUAUCUCUCUCACUAUCAAUCAAAUUUUAAAAAUGAAGGCUUCGAUUUUUUCCAAGAGAGUUUCUUCUCCGUCGCGGCAUUCUGGCUCUCCGUCCUCCACGCCGUCACGCUCCAGCCACCAGUCCUUCUCCGAGACGAUGAUGGAGGAGAAUCUCGACCUCGCUGAGGUCAUAAUCACGGCGUCGGCCAUCGAUGCCCACAGACACCAGGAAUUCUCAUCGCUCUUCGUCGAGGACAGAAGAGAAGCCAGGAAAUUCCUCGAUACGGUGAGCAGCCUGCAGCACGCGAUGCACUACUACGUCAAGCUCAGCUCCGCCUCCGAUAGACUCGUCCGAGCUCAGAACUUGAUGCAGAUUGCCAUCAAGAGAUUGGAGAAGGAGUUCCACCUAAUUUUAUCUUCAAAUAGAAAAAAUCUCGACUCCGAAUCGGUUUCCUGCCGCUCGUCCAGGGCUUCCGCCCGAUCCAGCGUCUCCGACUACUACUACUACGAAGAUGAAAUUUCCGAUGAAGGAGAGGAGAGCACUAGCACAACGCCGCCUCGAACUCCACCUCGCGGAGAGAACGCGGAGGCGGAUCUCGCGAUGGCGGAUUUGAGGAAUAUCGCUGACUGUAUGAUUGCGUCUGGCUAUGGCAGAGAAUGCGUCAAUAUUUACAAACUCGUCAGGAAAUCGAUAAUUGAUGAGACUUUGUAUUAUCUCGGAGUUGAGAAAUUGAGCCAACACCAGAUGCAGAAAAUGGAAUGGAGUGCUCUGGAGCAGAAAAUUAAGACCUGGCUGCACGCUGUGAAAAUUGCCGUGAAAACCUUAUUUUGCGGCGAGAGGAUUCUCUGCGACAUAGUCUUCUCCUCCUCGGAGAAGAUCGCCGAAUCGUGCUUUACCGAGAUCUCGAAGGAUGCGGCGGUGAGGCUCUUCAGUUUCCCGGAGGUCUUCGGGAGAUGCAAGAAGAUCCUUUCGCCGGAGAAGAUGUUCCGCACCCUAGAUCUAUUCGAGGCGAUUUCCGAUCUGUGGCCAGAUAUUGAAUCGAUCUUCUCUCACGAAUCGGCGGCGGCGGUGAGGAUCGAGGCGGAGGCGGCGCUGGUAAAGCUCGGCGAAUCGGUGAGGAUUAUACUGACGCAAUUCGAGGCGGCGAUUCAGAAGGACUCGUCGAAGACACCGGCCGGCGGCGGCGUCCACCCGCUCACGCGCUACGUAAUGAACUACCUCGUCUUCCUGGCGGACUACAGCGGCGCGGUCUCCGUCAUCAUAGCCGACUGGUCAGUGGCGGCUGAGACGCCUCUGCCGCAGGCGUACUUCUCGAGCCCCACCUCCGCCUUGGCAGACGACCCCUGCGUGGCGGCGAUCACCACCAGGCUAGCGUGGCUGAUUCUGGUCCUCCUCUGCAAGCUCGACGGCAAGGCGGUGAAGUACAACGACGUCGCAUUGUCCUACUUGUUCCUAGCCAACAACCUAAACUACGUGGUUUCGAAGGUCCGGAACUCCAAACUGGGGCUCCUGAUGGGACCCGAAUGGAUAUCCGAAAACAGAGCGAAAGUGAGCAAGUAUCUCUCAAAUUACCAGCGGAUGGGAUGGAGCAAAGUGAUGGGUGCACUGCCUGAGGAUCCGACGGCGGAGAUUUCUCCCGAGCAAGUGACGGAUUGUUUCCAACAGUUCAAUGCUGCUUUCGAGGAGGCGUACAAGAAGCAGGCUUCGUGGCUCAUACCCGACCCGAAACUGCGCGAUGACAUGAAGAUAUCCCUAGCGAAAAGGAUCGUGCCGAGUUACCGGAUGUUUUACAACAAGCACAGAGACGACUACGCGAGGAGAUUCAGAUUCGGAACGGACUCAAUUGUGAGAUAUGUCCCUGAGGAUUUGAGCAAUUACUUGUCGGACUUGUUUUUUGCUGCGUCGUCUGAUAACGACACAUCAGUUACCUCAUCGCGCGGCCGUUGAUAACAAUAUUCAACGGACGGCUGCCGCCUCUACAUGUACAGUUUGAUAGCUCAAUACUAUUGUUUAUCUUGUAUUUUUGUGGAUGAGAAACCAACGACAAUUGUAAUUUCUAGAAGGUGAUAAAUGAUGAACUGACUCCUUGAGAAGGACUUAUGUA